AUGCAGUCAAGGCGUUUGGCGGCGAUGGUGAAGAUCAAUUGGUGCUGUUACUUGGUGGUGACGCUCGGCUCACUGGGACUGCCGUGUCGGGCGGUGGCCGUCGAAUCACCCGAGCCGGCCUCCCUGCUGCGACCACGCGAUGUCAACCCACACCCGUACCGGAACGCCUACGAGGGAAUCGCCAUCUUCGACCGGAACCUUGUUACGAACGGGGAAAAAUUUACCCAAAACCUUCUGAAUCAAGGUCCCAUUCAGUUCCCACGGCUGCGCGAACCGAACAGCGUCAAUGGGCUGCCGUACCCUUACGAGACGCUCGCCCUCAAGGAACGCCACCAAAAGAUGGUUCGCUUUUCCGGACCGGAUGGACAGAUUGUGAAACCGGUCUAUCAGGCGCUGGCGAAACAUGCCGCCCGAGUCCUCGGCAAAGGGUACGCCGUCGAGGAUAUCGAUAGCUUCAAUGAAGCAUCUACGAACGUGAAGAAAAACUACGUCUUCUCGUACGCCGUGAAGGACUCGGCGUCGGGUGAUGACUUUUCGCACACGCAGCAACAGCAAACGGACGGCGCGGUCAAGGGUAGCUAUAAGGUGCAGCUUCCAGAUGGCCGCAUGCAGAUCGUCAAGUAUGUGGCCGACAACAAUGGCUAUCGGGCGGACGUUACCUACGAGAACGAACCGGCCGGUGCUGGUUCAGGGCCAGCUGUUUCUCCAACCGCUGGUCAGGUAGCUCCAGCUCCUCCGGUUGCGUACGAAACAUAUUACGAAAGACCUUUGGUUCUUCAGCAACAGCAGCAGCAACAGCAGCAACAGCAGGUUCAUCAGCACCAACAAUACCAGCUUCGUCCUGCCCGGGUUUACUACGCGGCAAACCCCUCAACCCAAAUUCCUGCUCCGUUCUAUCCGUCGCAAUUGCGUGACGUGAAGAUCCACAGCUACAAUACGGCCCCGCACGCCGGUGCAGUGAUUGCUUCGACAACUACGCAGGCAACUCCAGUGUCUGGUGGGGCUUACCUAUCUGCAUUCCAGGCUCCCGCCAACCUAGCGUAUAUUGCAACACCAUCCCCGAACGGGGCCGGCGCUGGUUCCAUCAUACUAUCGACGGCUUCAGCUCCGCUUGCGGCCUAUCGUGACAUUCAUGUACCACCACCACCGCCCGUCCAACCGCUCGGUAUCUCUUUCGCUUCCGCCGGCCGCCGGACGACCGUUUUCGCCGACCCAGCGCGUGUUUCGCCGCAAGGUGUAGCACUGCAGCAAGCGAUCUAUCAGCCGCAAACGCAGCAAAAUCUGGAUUACGGGUACGUGCAGAUACCGAGCGACAAUCGGGUGUACAGGCGGGACACGGAUCGCAGCACGGAGGUGCUGUCCGGAGUGCAGCAUAAACACGACACAGUGAAGAAGAACCAAAGCAGCCAAACGCAACGUCACCUGGAGCAGCAGCAAAAGUCGAUUUAAAUCCCAGUUGACUUUGUUUUUCUGUUCUGUACAAUAAAUAGCUAAUUACUCCUAAUAA